AUGAGCCCCUCAAACGACCGCAGCAUGGACGCCGAGUGGAAAUCCAACGGUAGACCCAAGUCGACGCUGGCUCGCGACUUUUCGGCCGCGUUGGACGAGAUGUUCAAUCUAAAUGGCAUUGGCGCAUUGGAACAAGCCGUCGAGGAGAAAAAGGAUACUGUCCAAUCUCAGAAAUAUCAGCUUGAAGGCCUCGAGGCCCGGUUGCGCGAAACAGAUGAGAAGCUGAAGCAGCUUGCAGCCAAGCACCGCCGGAAUCAAAGCCAGAUAAGUGGCGCAGACUGCCAUAUAGUCCGGACCGUACCUCUGCCUUCCAAACAAUGA